AUGUCGCAACAAUAUCCUCAGCAAUAUCCCCAGCAAGGCGUGCCUGGGCAGGAUGGGUACGGUCAGCAGCCACCGCAACCACCGGCGGGUCAAAAUUAUGACAACUACGAAACCAACAAUCCGCCAGGAGUGCAACCAGGACCUGCUCCUGGUCCGGCUCAUGCUGGUCGAAAGAAGCGUGCCUACGCAGGACAAGCCUAUGAGUUUGGUGCUGGAGCGAAUGCUGCGCUUGGAGGACAACAACAGGCUGGUGGCGCAUACUCUGGGUACUCCGUUCAACAAGAUGCAGCGGGCUAUCCGCAGGGAGGUUAUCAACAGAAUCCUGCGGCUGUGCAACAGACCGCAACACCUCUAUAUCCUGGCCAAGAGCCACCAGCUGCGAUGGGAGGUUAUCAACCUCCCGCUCCGGCCUACCCUGCGCCUGGUGGUGUAGGAGGCAUGACCCAACAGUUUGGCGAGAUGGACAUCUCGCAAAAGCCGCCUGUCGCCGCUGCACCACAGCAGGCACAACGUGCUCCAGUCUUGAACCAGCUUUACCCGACCGAUCUCUCAAACCAACCAUUCAAUGUCGCGGAGCUGGACUUUCCACCUCCGCCAGUGAUUCUCCCUCCUAACACAAGUGUAACACCCUCGCCUUUCGCUAACUGCCCACCGAAAUUUGUGCGGUCGACGCUGAACGCGAUCCCCACCACUCAUUCCUUGCUCAAAAAGUCUAAACUUCCGUUCGCCCUCGUCAUCCAACCAUACACAUCUCUACACGACGUCGAAGAUCCCGUGCCAGUAGUGCCCGAUCAGGUGAUUUCCCGAUGCAGAAGAUGUCGGUCGUAUAUCAAUCCGUUCGUCACUUUCCUGGACCACGGGCACCGAUGGAGAUGUAAUAUGUGCAACCUUACAAACGAUGUACCGCAAGCCUUUGACUGGGACGCAGCCGCGCAGAAAAGCCUCGACAGAUGGCAGAGACCAGAUCUGAAUCAUGCAGUCGUUGAGUUCAUUGCGCCUCAGGAAUACAUGGUCCGGCCCCCACAACCGCUUGUUUAUUUAUUCUUGCUCGACGUAAGUUAUGCGGCCGUGUCGAGUGGACUCCUGGCGACGACGGCAAGAUGUAUCCGAGAGAGCUUGGAUCGAAUACCCAACGCAGAUCGACGCACGCGCCUGGGUUUUAUCGCAGUUGAUUCGAGUUUGCAUUUCUUCAAUAUCCCUCGGGACGGAACUGAGAAUGCCCAGACAAGCAUGCUAGUCGUGAGCGACCUUGAAGAGGCGUUCUUGCCCACCCCAGCCGACUUACUGGUGACUUUGACCGAAUGUCGUGAAAACAUCGAGAAUUUCUUGGAUAAGCUUCAAGAGAUGUUCCAGAACACCCAGAACGGCGCAUCUGCCAUGGGAUCUGCACUUCGAGCUGGACAUAAGCUUAUCGGACCGGUCGGUGGGAAGAUGACGGUCGUGACCGCCUCGAUCCCCAACAUCGGCCAUGGUAAACUCGAAAUGCGCGAGGACAAGAAGCUCCUCGGUACAUCAAAGGAAAGCAGCCUGCUGCAGACGGGGAACAGCUUCUACAAGAGCUUUGCUGUCGAAUGUUCGAAACAACAAAUCUCAGUGGAUAUGUUCCUGUUUUCCUCACAGUACCAGGACGUGGCAUCGCUGAGCAAUUUGCCCAGAUACACCGGCGGCCAAACUUAUUUCUAUCCUGGUUGGAAUGCUGCCAGAGAGGAGGACGCCAUGAAGUUUGCCAAAGAGUUUUCUGACUAUUUGUCGUCAGAGAUCGGGCUGGAGGCUGUUCUCCGUGUUCGAGCGACGACAGGAUUGCGGAUGAGUACCUUCUACGGCAAUUUCUUCAACCGUAGCUCGGAUCUUUGUGCAUUCCCAGCAUUCCCACGAGAUCAGAGUUACGUUGUGGAGGUAGCAAUCGAUGAGACCAUCACGAAGCCAGUUGUGUGUAUGCAGACAGCCGUCCUUCACACUACAUGCAACGGUGAACGACGAAUCCGCGUCAUGACCCUCGCACUACCCACAACGCAGCAACUGGCCGACGUCUACGCCUCGGCCGACCAGCAAGCUAUCACCGAGUAUUUCAGCCACAAAGCCGUGGAGCGCGUCCUAAACAGUGGGCUAGACAGUGCCCGGGACAUGAUUCAGAACAAACUGGUCGAGCUUCUGGCUACAUACAAGAAGGAGCUCGCAGGAGGCAGUAUGGGCGGAGGUGGGCUCCAAUUCCCCGCCAACCUUCGAGGCCUGCCUGUGCUUUUCCUUGCCUUGGUCAAGAACUUGGGUCUCAGGAGAUCGUCACAAAUACCCAGCGACAUGCGAUCAGCAGCUCUGUGUUUGCUAUCAACACUGCCCCUCCCAUUAUUGAUUCAGUACAUCUAUCCCAAAAUGUUUUCUCUGCACGACAUGCCAGAUGACGCAGGGACGGUGGAUGAGAAGACCGGCGAAAUCAUCCUGCCGCCACCGAUCAACCUAUCAUCUGAGAGGAUCGUGCCGUAUGGAUUGUAUCUGAUUGAUGACGGCCAAACGCAGUUCCUUUGGGUUGGACGAGAUGCUGUGCCCCAGUUGAUACUUGACGUCUUCGGACUGUCAGAUAAGAGUCAACUCAAAGUGGGCAAGCAACGACUCCCUGAGUUGGACAACGACUUCAGCGAGCGUGUGAGGGCCGUCGUCUCCAAGAGCCGUGACCACAAAUCCAAGGGGGUAGGUAGCAUUGUGGUGCCACAUCUCUACGUUGUGAAAGAGGAUGGCGAACCAGGAUUGAGGCUUUGGGCGCAAACGAUGCUUGUGGAAGACCGAGCAGAUCAAGGAGUGAGCUUGCAGCAAUGGAUGGGGAUGAUGCGCGAGAAGGUCAUGCAAUAA